CAAACAUACAUUUUCAAAGUCACGAGUUUUCGCCCUUUACAACCCAUUCUAACUUGUCCAGAUCUUUUAGCGCAGCAAUGCCACUGUCUCUUUCGAUCAUCCUGCUCGUCUUGCUACUACCAGAGCAGUUUGCAGCACAAGGACUUCCUGACGAGCCAGGCAACGGUAGAGGACCCAACGUUAUUUACUUCAACACUGCCAAUACCACAGAAGGGAGUCCAUUCCAGAAAAACGUCGAGACAGUCCUCAAUUUUUUUUACGAGCACAAUCCCCCCAACGGAUUUGCAACCUGUCUUGGCUAUGGCGACUUUCCCAACACUGUCUACGGCCACACAGGAUGCUACAACAUGUCCGACCAGCCAAGCUGCUCAGAAUGCAUCAAGAAAGCGUACCAGGGCAUCCAGCAGAACGCUCCGUAUACUUUGGGUGGUACUUACUGGAUCAACGAAACGGAAAUCAGAUGCCGUUUGCGAUAUGAGAAUUACAACCUCACUGGAUUGACUCUCUUUGGCAUCGUGGGUCCAAACAAUUCAGCACCAGCGCCAGCUCCAAUUCCUUCAAAUCCUCCCCCGUCUCAGGCAAGGCCUCCUUCUCAGGCAAGGCCUUCUAUUUUGCAAAAUUCUUCGAGAAAUCGAGCUCUUGUUUGGGGGCUUGUGGGAGGAGCGGUAGGGGCUUGUGUCCUCUUGGCUGGCGCUGCGUUUCUCUUGUGGAGAUGGAGGAGAAAGUAUACAAAGUUGAAUGGCCGUCGUAGAUAUCACGGCAAUACUGAGCUCGAAGGAAGUAUCGAGGGUCCUGUUGUUUUCAAGUAUCAGGAUCUGUCUCUAGCAACUUGCAAUUUCAGCGAGACGAACAAGCUUGGACAGGGUGGAUUUGGAACUGUUUAUAAGGCUUGUCUGAAAGAUGGGACACAGGUAGCUGUGAAGAAGCUCUCGUUGCAAUCCAGCCAGGGAAGGCAAGAGUUUGUGAACGAGAUCAGCAUUAUCACAAGCAUUCAGCACCGGAACCUUGCAAGACUUAAAGGUUACUGUGUUGAGAGAGACCAAAGGCUUCUCGUGUACGAGUUCUUAAACAAUGGCAGCCUUGAUCGAGCUCUUUUUAGUCCUAAAACAAGUACUCUCAAUUGGACAUCACGCUUUCAUAUUGUUACUGGAGUUGCUCGAGGCCUUGCUUACUUGCACGAAGAAUCACACAUUCAAAUAAUUCAUCGAGAUAUCAAGGCUAGCAACAUUCUCUUAGACGAUAAGAUGCAGCCAAAGAUCUCUGACUUUGGGAUAUCAAAGCUCUUUGACAUGGACAAAGGUUUCACCAGCACAAAGGUGGCCGGGACAGUUGGAUACAUGGCACCUGAAUAUGCAACUCGUGGACGAUUAUCAUCUAAAGCUGACGUAUUUAGUUUUGGAAUCCUUGCAUUAGAAAUCGUCAGUGGCAGGAGGUGCAUGGAUCCAACACUCUCUGCAUCUCAAGAGCUUCUCGUGCAAAUGGCUUGGAACAUGUGGAACGCUGGAAAGAUGGUUGAGUUUGUUGACAAAAGACUUGAUGGCAAUUAUGUUGAAGAGGAGGUGUUCAGAGUGAUGGAUGUUGCCAUUCUGUGCACACAAGAAGGAGAAGAAUAUCGGCCAACGAUGAGUGAUGUUGUGGCAAUGUUGAUGGGAUAUUUGGAGAUUCGUCAGCCUCCCAGCCAAAAUCCUCUUUAUUUUGGUGGUGGUGGAACAAGCUCCACAUCAACUACAACAGCUGAUGAUACAAAUAUAACCGAAUUGGAAGGUCGCUAGACAACACAUGUAUUUAUAAUAAAAUUAGUAUAUAUACAAAAUAACUUCCAGCUUUUAUA